CAAAUCGCGACUUGUUUUGCCAACUAGACAUAGUCCUGUCACAGUUGCAAAAUAAUGCAAUUUUCAUACUGUUUACUCAGAUUUAAUCAUUACAACUUCACUUAAAACCGUUCUCAGUGAUAUGUGACGUCGGUAACAGAAACUAAAUAUGUCGUGGCUCAAUUUAAACCAGAGUUUGAACAGUUUGAAAGGGCAGAUUACGAACUUUGCUUCCGAGGUGUUAUCUGAAGUGCCUGGACAGGAUACUGAGGAUAAUGCAGCUGCGACGGAGACUUCUGUAAAGGAGCUUGAGGAGAAAUGCCACAGCCAGGAGCUCGAGAUCGCAUCUCUGAAGAGGCUUACAGCAGAACUCGAAGCCACAUUGCAAUCUGAGAGAUUCAACCGAAAAAAUGGAGUCAAAGAAAACGAAGAAGAAUCCAAUUGGUACUGGGAUCCUCCGCCGCAGCCUGUUCGAACAGACGCAGAUAUCGAAAAUGCGUACAAAACACAGAUUAAAGAACUACAAGCCGAAAUAUCCGCCUUAAAAGAACGCUAUGAUAUAGACCCGAGACAAGACAAUGACGACGAACUUGAGAAACUAAGGGAAGAAAACAAAAACCUAACGACAAAUCUAGAAGAUUUGGACUCACAACAUCAACUAGCUAUGGAGAGACUUUUAAGCUUAAAGAAAGAGUUGCAAAAGAAUUUUGAGGUUCUAAGGCAAGAGCAUGAAGAUCUAAAAUAUAACAACGAUGAAUACUUGAAUGAAAUUAAAGUUAUGCAAGCUAAAAUAGCAGAGAAGGAUAAAGAUUUGGAAACUUUGAAGACGGCUAAGGCAGAUUACGAUACGUUGCAUCAUAAAUAUAUGAAUUUAGAAAGGGUACAUGAUCUCUUAAGAGAAAAUGCUGAGAAAUUUCAGGAAGAGAAUCAAGAGUUACAUGAAGAAAUAUUUAAAUUACAGGAGCAGGUAACUAAAUUAGAACACGAAGUUGAUAUUGUUACUAAGCAUUCUGAGCUGUCUGAGACUGUGCCUAGAGAUAGGUACGAAGAGUUGUUAAAGGAACUGAAUGAUCUGAAAGACAGUAGAAACUCCAAUCACCAGCAUGUUGAUGAAAUCAAUAUUGAUGAUAACGCUAAGAGUGUCAUCGAAACAUUGAAAAGAGAGUUGCAUGAAGUGAAACAUAGAUUAUCUCAAAAAGAAAUAGACGCACAAUCUGAUAACAAAGUAAUUAAAACUGAAAAGAUAAUGCAGUUUUAUAAUAAAUACGUGAACUUUGAAAUUCCUGUAGAUUAUCUCGGAGAAGUGCCAUCGAGUGGCGAAAAUGUAGUGGUAUUCAAAUUAGAAAGUGUUUUCAAAACACUGAAUUCUUUUAAGAAGGACAUUGAUAAGCUAAACCAUAAGCUGUCUGAGAAGAAACUUAACAUCGACCAUAUGCAGACACAGAUAGAUGAUUUAACAACAGAAAAUGACUUCUUAACCAAUGACUUACAUCACACUGAGAGAGAAUUGGAAGAAAUGAAAAAGAAUAAUGACUUUUUGAUAUCAGAAAUUGCGGCCUUAAAGAAUACGUCCAAACUAGAACCUAUAAUAGAAACGCAUGAAGAUAAUUUAGCAAAACUAGAGACAGAAUUAGCAGACUCGAAUAAAUUAAAUAAGAAUUUCGAGUCUAAAAUACAACGAAUAGAACAAGAACUAGAGGCAGUUAAACUCGAAAAAGUUUUGCUGCAAACAAGCUUAGCUGACUUAAAAGAGAAAUAUACGUUGAUGCUUAGUGAAUUAGACAUGUUCAAAGCUAAAACAAAGGAUGUGGAAGACUUAGAAAAGACUGUCAAUAUUGCAAGUGAAGAAAUGGUUAAUAACUGCACACAUGAAAUUCAUGAAUUGAAAAAACGGCUCAAUGCUGCUAAUGCUAAAAACGAGCAAUUGUCAAUAGACGUGCAUAUUGCAGAAAAUGACAAGGUAUUACUUAUGCAAGAUAUUAACAAUCUUAAGCACAUUCUUGAAGAUGAUACACAGAGUUCGUCCAAAUCUAAAGACGAACAUGAUGGAAGGUUACCAGAGGUUGUUGAAGAUAGUUUAGAACCACAAGCUAGAGCUGCUAGUAUUAAUUUAUUGGAAACGAGUACCAAACACAAAAAUAUCACCACAGCAUUGAAAGAAGUUGAAGAAAUAAAAUUAGAAAAAGCACAAGUUCAAGCGCAAUUAGAUAUAGCAAAGGAUGAAAACACACUAUUAAAGGAAAGUAUUAGCCAACUUAAUAUGGCACUUGAUCACAUCAGGGAGAAAGAGCGAAACUUGCUUAUUCAAAUAGACGAUUUAAAUAAAUCAAGACAAGCAGUAAUUGAUAAGGAACAGGUGCUUCAAGGAACUAUUGAAAAGUUGAAUGACAAGGUAGCAACGCAAGAAAUGUUGACUAUGGAGAUAGGAAAACUCAAAGAAGAAAAUAUACAUUUGACUCAAAUGAAAGUUCACCUGGAAGCAGAGUUGUUAUCUACAGAUGCUAAAAUCACACAAUUAAAUCAAGAAUUUGAAAAAGUACUAUGCAAUGUCAGUGAAAAAGAUAGUCUUAUAGACGCUCUAAAUACUACUAUCACUGAAAAUAACUCUAAAGUAAUUUAUUUAAAUGAAAAAUUGUUAGAAUUAGAAAAUAAUUUGGUGUCUAAAAACAAUGAAAUCAUUAAACUACAAAAAUCUCUCGAAGAUGUUACUCAAGUAUUAAAUCAAACUAACCAGCAAUCAAAUCAAAGUAUAGAGGCGAUUUUACUGGAAAAAGAAUCUCUGAAGCAACAGCUUUUUGAGCAUAAUAUUGAGCUUAAAAAUAAAACGGACGAAAUUUCUGCUUUAAACAAUACAAUUGCAGAAGUUGAAAGAAAUCGUUCUGAAUUCAAAACAUUAGCUGAUGAGAAAGACAAAGAAAUCAAAGAACUACGUCAAAGUAUAGUUGAAAUUAGUGACAAACUGAAAAACGUCGACCAUACAACAAAUGCUGAUGAUUACGCCAUAUUACUUAAAGAAAAAGAAGCCAUACACAACCAAGUUGUAGAUCUACAAAAUAAUAUCACUGUUAAGCAGGAUGAACUAAAUGAAAUUAAAGCAAAACAUGACCUGAUGGAAAAAGCUUGUAUCGAAUACAAAGCUUUAGUAGAAAACACAACAGCCGAAAAGGCAGAGCUAAUAAAUCUAGUUAAUUUAAAACACAAUGAAAGUUUGCAGUACCACAAUGAAAUACAAAGGCUAAAUCAUGUCCUUUUAGAACAGAAUACUGAAAUGAAAAAGUUGAUUGAAGAAAAGAAUCAACAAAUGCAAAAUAACGAAACAUGUCCAGUUUGCGAGAAUUUAAGAAUGACUCUUCGAGAAAAGGAUGAAAUAAUAAAAAGUCUCAAUCAAAAUAAUAGUGUGUUCGAGAAGCAUAAGGCUGAUUUAUUGAAUGCGAAUGAAUGUUUGAGGAUGUUAACAGAGAAAUGUGACGGUUUGGAGAAAAAUCUUCAGAUUCAGCUGGAGAAUGUAAAGACAUUGGCAGCAGAAAAGAUACAGCUGUCAGAGCAACAUGACAACGCGACGCGCGAACUGGAGCGACUACGUCACCAUCUCGUCGAGAUGGAAGACAACUAUACACAGGAGCUGAUGACCUCAGAACAGAAACUGACGGAAUGUCAAGCGAGGUUGCAACAUGUAGAGGAAAGAGCUAAGCAGAGCAGCACGGUUUAUACUAGUAAUAGCAUACGAGCCAAUCAAGAAGUAGAAACGCUGCGUAACCAAAUCAAACUGCUUGAGAAGCAACGAGAGGAAGUCCAGGCCAGACUCGGAGAAGCUGAAGAUGCGAGAGGACGGAGUGAAGCUGCGCUCACCAACUUGCAAGUUGUCUUAGAACAGUUCCAAUUGGACAAAGAACGUGACAUCCACGCCGCCACCGAAAAAAUAAGAAACAAAAUGGAGGAUCUGAAAAAAGAAAAUGGCGAACUACUGAAACAGAUAGAAAAACUCAACGUGAAACUGCAAGACUCUCUAACUGGUCUCCAAGCUGCUACAAGACUUGGGGAUCAAUUGGAAACAAGAACAGCUCAAAUCAAUGAUUUGAAAGAACAAGUAAAAACCCUACAGACGUCGGUAGGCGCGGCCGAAGAGAGAUACUACAAAGCCAUAUCUAACCAGCAAGAUAAAGUGGACAAGAAUUUAGUCAAGAACCUAGUGCUAAACUUCGUGCUUACUGCGGGGAACAAUAUUAACAAGACUCAAAUACUGCGUGUGCUGUCGACGGUGCUAGACUUCAACCAGCAAGAAUGCCGGAAGCUUGGCCUAGAAAAGGCACCGCCUGCGGACAGCCUCGCUGCCGAAUUCGUCAAAUUCUUGCAGGACGAGAGCAAGCCCCGAGCGCCAUUACCAAGCAUGAUGGGUCUCACCAGGAGUAAUACUCCCAGCUCCAGGAAAAGCUCUACCAUAGGUCCAUCCCCCAUCCCCUCCGAAGUCAUGGGCCACAAGCGGAACCCCUCCACCGGCUCCAACAACCUGCUCUUCCAAAACAUAGACAACGUGGAGACCACCUCGCAGAUAUCCAUAGAGUCCGACCAUAGAGUCUCCACCAGUAUGGACACGGGAGUCAACCAGACGAGGAAUACAGAGGGCGCUAUUUUGAAACACGUUUUGAAGGACAUGUAGGUCAUUACAAUAAAUAUAUUACAGAAAAGCUACCUAUUUUUUAAAAACAUAGACAACGUAGAAACCACAUCACAAAAAUCUGUCGAGUCUGACCAUCGAGUCUCACCAGUAUGGACACGGGAGUUAACCAGACGAGGAAUACAGAGGGCGCUAUUUUGAAACACGUUUUGAAGGAUAUGUAAAUAUAUAUCAAAUUCUCUCAAAAGAUUGUUAAAAUAUCAGACGUUGUCUAUAAUCGUGACUGAUAAAGAAUGCCUCAUGGCAUUAAGUUCGCCAUUUGUACAUUACGUUAUUCAUUUGUGCAAUAUUUAAAGACUAAAAUGUAAACAAAGUUAAUCAAAUAUUCAAAUCAACUGUCAACUUUUUCAAACCAUAGGCAAAGUGGAGCCCACAUCACAACUAUCCAUUGAGGCUAACUAUCGAGUCUACAGCUUGGCAAAGAAGAGUAGAAAUUAAAAACCGGGCAAGUGCGAGUCGGACUCGCUCACGAAGGGUUCCGUACCAUAAAGCAAAAAAAAUAAUGCAAAAAGCAAACGGUCACCCAUCCAAGUACUGACCACGCCCCACGUUGCUUAACUUUGGUCAAAAAUCACGUUUGCUGUAUGGGAGCCCCACUUAAAUCUUUAUUUUAUUCUGUUUUUAGUAUUUGUUGUUAAAGCGGCAACAGAAAUACAUCAUCUGUGAAAAUUUCAACUGUCUAGCUAUCACGGUUCGUGAGAUACAGCCUGGUGACAGACAGACGGACGGACGGACGGACAGCGAAGUCUUAGUAAUAGGGUCCCCUUUUACCCUUUAGGUACGGAACCCUAAAAAGUGGCAACAUUGUAGUGUCGUCCCGUUUUCUUAUAUAAAUUGGUUUGAAAGGGACGACACUACAGUGUUGCCACUUUUUAAUUUCUACUCUUUUUUGCCAAGCUGUACUAGUCUGAUAAACUCUAGUAUGAACACGGGAGUUAACCAGACGAGGAAUACAGAGGGCGCUAUUUUCAAACAUGUUUUGAAGGAUAUGUAAAUAAAUAUAACAGCUUUCUGCAACUGAUUAUUCAAAUGCUUUGUUCAAACACAUGGAUAUGUAAUUUAAUUUAAAAGUUUCUACAACAAGACAAAUAGCUAUAGAAACAUAAACACGUUAUCGAAGUCAAAUGCCUGCAUUACAUUCUACUGUAUUUUAACCGACUACGACAAUGCAAAAAAGGGUUAUGAUUUUACCCAGCAUGUUUUUAUAUGUUAAAUAAAAUAGCUAAAGAAACACAAAAACGUUAUCACAUUCAAAUUACAUUAAACUCUUUUUGACCCAACGACAACAAAGCAAAAAAAAGGGUUAUGAUUUGACCCCGCAUGUUUAUAUCUUAAAUAUUAAAAUGACAGUCCGAUUGACCAAUCUACUACGCAAUCUCUAUAAUCCAAGAGGUCAAUUCAGAUUAGUAAUUUCUUGUUAUGGAUAUAAUCUGAACACUGACAGAUCAUAUCGAUAACUUUUUAAUAACAAGAAAUGACUGUCUGAAUUGCCCUUGAAUUGUCAUUUUUAGUAUAAAACCGGAUAGAUCAGACAAUCUAACUGUCAUUUUUGUAUCUAGCAUAUAAAAACAGUUUAGGUGUCAUGGUUAAAUGAAUAUAGUAUUAUUAACCAGCGCUUUUCUACAAAUAAUUCUUAUCACAUUUGUACUCUAGUGAAUCUGUAUUAGCAUUUAUUUAACUUCGAGUUCAAUUUAAGUAUGUUCAAAUAAAUAAGUAUCUAAGUAGAUAGCUGAAGAAAUAUGUGAGCCACCAAGGUGCUCAAAAAUAUCUUUUCACCCGUUCUGUAUCAAUUAUAUCAGACCAGACUUAGUAGCGCAGAUAUUUUUUCGGCUGACUAUAUUCUGUAUAUGUUUUAGUACAUUUAGUGCCUUAUUUAGAAAGAUUUUAGCAAUAGUAGUCAUAUUUACUUCUCUUAAACAUAGUGUUUGGGUGAUACAAUUUCAUUUCGCGAUUUUUACCUUUUAAACACUAAAGCAUAUUUACGUUUUUAUUAUGAUACUACGUAAUGAUGCUAAAAGUGCAUGAAAGUGAUUAAAAUACAAAUUUUACUCCAUUCAAUAAUGCAAUUUUAACCCUUUUAAUACCAUAGAUGUUACAUUUAUCCACUAGAAGGAGUGAUGUUGGAUUCUGAUUAACACUUAUAUAUGAAACGCAGUGAUAGGGUUAAAAAUGUAUAUCUUACAAAUGUAGUGCAUAAUUAUAUUUCAUCGUAUUUUCACGGAAACGUACGAACGUCUCUUGCUAUUUCAGUCAGUCUCGGACCAAAAAACACUGAGGUUGACUGAAGUAGCAUGACAAAUACGAACUUUUCCGAGAAAAUAAGAUGGGAAAUUAUGCACUACAUCUGUACAUAGUGUUAUGUUAGCUUGUAAUAUAAAUUAAUUGUAAAUUCUUCAGUUUCGCCUGUAUUUUGUUCAAAUUAGUUAAUCAUACGCCUGUAUAAUAAUCAUUUUUAGUUUCUAGUUAGUUUUGUAUAACUUAUGUUAUACAAUAAAUCUUAUAGGUUAUGUGAAUCAUCAUGUUGUUAAAGUAUGUUUUUGUCCCAUAGUCAAUUAUAUUCAAAUUUAAUUUUAUGUGAUACAUAUAUAUAUGACGUUUUGAGCGGUUUUAGUGCUUUGCCUCUUCAAGUAUAAAUAGUCGUAUAUCAUACUGACAUAACUUCAAAUUGGUUUCCUUAAAAAUAAAUUAUCUUAGUUUUUGAGUUGUUUUGAUAGAAAAUGGGAUAUUUUACACUUUGCAGAAUGUGCGAAAAAGAUAUUUACGCAUUAGUGCUACUUUUCGCACUUUAUUGUAAGAUCCCUUUUUUCAGCAAACUACAUAUCUUAUUAUUUUAUCUUUUGUAAUUUUUAAAUUUCAUUAUAAAAUAAUUUCUUGUCAAAUUUGUAUUCGUGUAUAUCGAUUUUGCACGUUAAUUCAGUGGCAAUAAAAUUGAAAAUAAUAGUUAUGUUGUAUGUAACGCCUGAUAUAAUAAUGUAAAUUUAAUUUGUGAAUAUGUUAAUAUUUGUAUUAAUUAAUUAUAUUGUUUUAUCGCAGCAAUAUAUGAAUGCGUUUUAA